CACUCAUUAAAUAGUGCUUUAUAUUUAUAUUUUCUCUCUAAAUAUCUUUAUUAUAUACUAUUCUGGCGCCACUUAAGUGGGUUACUAUUUAAUGCCAAUUAUUACACCACAAUAACAUAGUUCACUUGAUAUAUCUUCAAACCUGUCAGCAAGUAUAAUUAGUAACGAUAAUUCUAUUUGUAUAUGUUUACUAAUCCCAAGGCAUCAUUAAUGAUUUACAGUUAAUUUUGCCUAAAAUAAAAUAAAAAUAAUAAAAAGUUUGUGAAUAGUAAUUAAUUCGUAAAAAUGGCUGAAGACGGAUCCCCAGAGGUCAUUAACUAUAUGGACGAGGAUGAACAGGUUACAGAUUUAUCCACGGCGAUCCAGAAAGUACUAUUGUUUUCACUAUCACAUGGUGGGCUUGUAAGAGGCCUCCAUGAGGUAGCAAAGGCGUUGGAUUCCAAGACUGCCCAAGUAUGCUUUCUCUCUAAAGGUUGCUCAGAGCCUGCUUACGUUAAACUUGUACAAGCUCUUUGCAAGGAACACUCAAUUCCUCUGAUUGAAACUGAUGUGGAUUCCAAGACUUUGGGACAGUGGUCUGGUUUGUGUAAGUACGACAUAGAGGGCAAGCCCCGCAAAAUCGUAGGCGCCACGAGUGUUGCGGUCAAGGAUUUUGGUGAGGAAUCUGAAGCUCUGGUCUUCCUCCAGAAACAUAUCUCCAAACUUAAGAAAUAAAUAAAAUAUUCUCUAAUGUAUUCUUUCAUUA